AUGGACCCUCUUUCGUUAUCAGCGAGCAUCGCGGGAUUGGUUGCCUUGGCCGAUCUUGUGUUCCGAGCCGCAACAGACUACGUCAAAGCUGCCAAGGGGUCGCAGAAAGAAGUCAACGAUCUUUCUCGAGAAGUCAAAAAUCUAUCAUGCGUCUUGCACAAUCUUUCCCUGGUGGCCUUCGAGUUAGAGGUCAACGAUGAAGCUCAAGCGUCAACUCAUCAGCCCAGCUCAGCGCUCAAGCCGCACCACUUGCACGAGUGUCAACAGCUUCUUCGGCAGCUCGAGGAGAAAUUACGGGACCAAAACUCGCAGCUCAAUUCCAGCUCCGGUUUCGAGAGGCUCCGCAGCCGCAUGAAGUGGCCAUUCACGUCAGCCGAGACGAAAGAGAUCCUGCAAACCAUGCGACGUCAGAAAGAAACAAUCGACACGGCUCUCGCCUCUGAUACGCUGAGCAAGCUAAUGCUUUGUCUGUCUCGGCAGAAGGAGUCCAGUGCUCAGGUGGAAAAGCUUCAGCUCACCGCCAAUAAAAUCCUCGACAUGCAGCUCGAGUCCUUCCGCGACACCCAAAAAAGGAGCGUCCUUGAUUAUUUCUCAAUACUCAACUACCGCACCGAGUUCGAGACAAAUUUGGCUUUGCGUCACCCGCUGACUGGGCUGUGGCUGACAGAAGGCCAAGACUUCGCAGAAUGGCACGCCACGUUGGGAUCGAGGAUCUGGUUCACCGGCAUCCCGGGUGCUGGGAAAUCUGUCAUCGCAGCACUAGUCAUUCAGGAGUGUUUGCAGCGUGCUCGAACAAGUCCAGGUACUGCAGUCGCUUUCCACUACAGUGUCUAUCGAAACCAGCAGACACAUCAGCCUCAAGCAGUACUGUCGUCUUUGUGUGUUCAGCUCGCGCUCCAAGACGCAAACGCCUUCAAAGAGUUGGAAGAGUACCAUGCCGAACUCAGUAUGAUGGACUACUUGUCACGACGCCCUUCUAUUGAAGGAUUGACUGCCGUGCUGCGCCGCAUGUUUCUUUGCUUCAGUCGUGUGUACAUCAUCGUCGAUGGCGUGGACGAGUGUGGUGACCAUGCCGAAGAGACUGCGAAAAGUUUGAUGGACUUAACGGCGUCUCAGGUUGAGGGCAAUGUCAGCUUGGCCGUCCUAAGCCGUAACGAAAUCGGACUGCGUCACAUCAUGGAUCCUGGAUGCCACAAUGUGGAAAUCGCGGCGCAUACGGAAGACUUACAAGAGUAUGUUGCAACUGAGCUGAAUCAGCGCAUCAGCUCCAGGAAGCUUAGACUGAAGGACCUGCGCUUGAAGGAUGAUAUCAUGACAAGCCUUGUUAAAGGAGCGCAGGGAAUGUUUCGAUGGGUUGCUUGUCAGCUAGAUCACCUCUGCGAACUUCCGACGGAUAGGGCCAGACGGGCGGCUCUGCUCAAACUGCCACCCACACUUCCGGCUACAUAUGAACGCAUUCUGUUGAGAAUCGAGAGCUAUGACGAGCAAGUGAAGCGAAUUGUGCAGCGAGCGUUGCUGAUGAUCGGUUCGCCUCAGCAAGAUGGUUCGUGGCGACUCGGCUUCCGCGAAAUCUGCGAAUUGGCAUCAAUCGACGAGAGUUCCGAAUAUCUCUAUGAGGAUGAGAUCGUCGACGAGGAAGAGAUACUCAGGUGGUGCGGCAGUCUCGUGCGAACCUCUGAUGAUGGAGGUACCAUAGAAUUCGCGCACUUCACCGUCCAGGAAUACCUUUGGAACGAUUGCGCAAAACAUGACAUUCUUAAGGCUUACAGUAUCUCAGACGAGACUGUUGGCGCUGUUCUUGGCUCGCUGUGUAUUCGGUAUCUUAUGCUGAAGAAUCACGAGCAACCCGUUGAAGCAACAGACGACUAUAUCGAUAUUGUCAUGGAUGCCGGCGCUGUACCGAACUCGCAAGUUGUCACGCCCUUCCAGACGGCCACAUUUCUCCAUCUCGCUGUGUCAUCAUCGAUGUAUGGAGAUGAUCUUGAAAUCGCCGCGGACCUUGUCCGAGUCGGUGUGUCGAUAGAGGAGGAAGACAAGGUAUCCUUCAAGAGCCGUUACGACCACGCAAUGAUGCUAUUUGAGCCUGACGAUUUCAAAGCGAAGUUUACGGGUGGUAAAGCGAUUAUAAGCCUUCUGGAAGCUCUCCACCAGUACCAUCACGACGGACCAUCUUCAGCGAAAAUGAGCUUGUACGCAUUGACUCUCCAGCUCGCGAAACACAUGAAGCUGGAUAUCUCGUCCCAAGCAUACCAGCUGCAGCUAGGUGACGAGCUCAGCGAAUCAUAUGUCAAGAAAUACCUUCUUAACAUAAUCGAGACCAAUGACCGUGAGGGCCUUCUACGAUUUCUCCAGUCUGGUAGGUCCGAUCUUGUGCGGGGCGUGGGAAUCGAUGCUAAACAGCCGAGCUGGACGUCUCUACACCUCGCCGUAAAAUCUAGAGCUUUUGAAGUCCUCGGCAAACUUCUUGAGGCUGGGUUAGAUCCAAAUGUAGCCAGUUACGAUUGCAGGACGCCAGUGCACCUAUGUUGUACUUAUGAAGAUGAGCCUGCACUCCGGCUAUUACUGAAGCACGGCGCCUCGACGACAACGAAAGACGAUGAGGGCAGAACAAUAUGGCACCACAGCGCAAGAGCCAAUGGCGUCACAAUCCUCAGCGUGUUGAUAGAGCUCGGAGAAAGGGACCAGGGGCUGGAAUCUGUCUCAGACGACGGUGAUACCCCGAUUGCUGCGGCACUGAGGUGCAGUAACCAUGACUCUCUGCGGCUUCUUCUUCCGUACUGCAGUUCUGAAAGAUCGUGGAAGUGCGGAGAGUCGUUGUACCGAGCGGCUGCCAGAUUUGGGAAGUCUUUCAUCAUCCAGGGGAUGAUGGAAGCUCAAGUGGAAACAGACGGCGAGGAUAGCGUCACAGGAAAUCCGCUUCAUCAUCUUCACAUCAACUCUUCACUCGAAUGCAUUGGACUUUUCAAGAAGGCCUUCUCUGUCAACGAAAGACGAUCGCAAGAUUUUCGAACGCCUCUGGAGUCCAUGCUUGUCAGAGCGGUUGAACGUGAUGAAGAGUGGAGGAUGUCGGAGGGCGCUGUCGCCGAAUUGCUACCCAGCAAUGCCAUCGAGGAUGCCUCCGAAGGAAGUAAGAUAUGGUCUGUGGUCUGUGAAGAGACAGUUCUACAGGCAAUGGAGGAAUCCGACGCAUUCGGCAGGCAUUGGUUCAACCAAGUUCUGAAGGAGCUGAUGACAUUGGGUAUCCCGGACCUAUACGAGGCACACCACCAGCAAUCUUCGGUGCCGCCUUUUAUUGCCGCCGUUAGUGCCGAUUUCAAGUACGAAUACGACCGUUUGCUCGUUAAACAUCAAGAGCCAUGUUCGUGGUAUCGCGAGCGGUGGCGGCGUUUCUCGGUCUGUUUCCAACAGCUUGCCCAGGACACCCGAUACUUGGCCAGCGCAGUCGAAGACCCGAAUAUGGUUCGACUGUUAUCCUUAUCAGUCCUUCAGGGCGACCAUCAGAUGACGUCGUUGCUUUUGGAAAAGGGCGUCAAUAUUCAUGCGCGAACUGACAUGAUUUCGCCUUUCGAAUUCUCUUGCUUCCCAGAAGUUCACAUCAGCGAAGAUGAUUUCGACCAUCUAUUGAGUUUUGCAACAAAGGGCGAUAUGGAAUGGUGUGUUGCAUCUCUUCACGGAUGCGGUCCUCUUCAUUUCGUCGCAGGAUUCGAAUCCGAACGAGAAGCCUCGGUACCAAAGUUGAGCAAGCUUCUGCAAAUAGGAAUGGACUGCAACCAGCCACUGUCUCCAAGAUACGGCUCGCCAUUGACACACCAUAUUGAACAACGCGCCCUGAAAACCGCCGAGGCGCUUCUCCAGCACGGAGCCGACCCUUGGGCCAUUGGCCCACGCUGGAUGACACCAGCCUUGAUGGCGACACAAAUGGGGGAUGUGUCGUUGUUGCAGAUGAUGGCCGCGGCGUCUGAAGGGAAAGAUGACAGCCUUUGGGGUCAAGAAUGGACAAGAAGAGUAUCAUGCGGCUGUAUGACCGGCGGGAAUGCCCUUCACCUGGCGGCAUUCUAUGGGCAAACCGACUGCAUAAGCUUCUAUCUAGAGCAAGGCCUGUUAUCCGACUUGGAGGCUGGAGAAAACGACCUUGGAACUCCCUUACAUCAUGCUGCUCAUUACGGUCACCAUGAUACUAUCGCAAUGUUGGAAGGUCAAGGCGCCAAUGUCAAUACAAAGGAUAAACUUGGGCAAACUCCUCUGCAUGUGGCAGUUCUACACGAGCAUGUCAGGACUGUGGAAGUUCUCCUGAGGUUAGGAGCCACGCACCAAGCCGAUGUCGACGAACGCACUCCUAUUGACCAUGCUCUUGAGUUGGGGCAAGAAGAAAUUGUGGAGGCCCUCCUGAAAUCGUUUGAGGACUCUGGAAGACCUGAGGCUUCAGUAAUAUCACCCAAGCUUUUGCCGAGAUUCGCCGACGCUUUUGCGACAGCUAUCCGACAGAAUGACGUCGGCAAAUGUUCACAGAUACACGCCGCGGGAUGUCCGGUGGACAUUGAACUGAACGAGCAUCGAAACCUCACUCCAUUGAUCAUGGCCAUUGCCGAAGACAAAAGUCUCGAGGUCGUAAGAUGGCUACUUGAUGCGGGGGCGAGUGUGUCUGCAACAAUGGAUGCACCUUACCUGGGCCGAUACACCAAUGCCCUUGAAGCAGUUUCGGAGAAUGCCAAGUUCAACCCGAUUUUACUCGAACUUACAACCAAGUACUUGAAAGAGGGUGGUGACAUCCUUGGAAAUUCCGACACUGUUCUUCGUUCUGCGGUUGAUGCGGAAAAUACUGAAGGCGUCUCCAUCAUAUUGGACGCAGUCAGGAAACUGCAUCAUACUCUCGACACUUCUGAGAAACCGUGUGUCACUUCCUAUCUCCCGGGCCUUCCCGCCUUCGUGAAUCGUCAGGCUCGGUCAGGGCCUACUGUUACGGCUCUUCAUGUCGCAGCAGGAAACAAAGACGUCAAAGUUGUGAAGAUGCUGGUCGAAGCAGGAGCUGACAUCGAAAGUUUGGAUGGCGUGCAGAAAGCUCCCCUUCACUGGGCGGCUGCUACCGGUUCUCUUGAUAUCGUGGAACACUUGCUGGGCUGCGGCGCUAAAGUCGAUGUCCUCAACUCUAGGGGCGAAACCCCCCUCGCGAUGGCUUGCCGAGAAGGGAAUUGGCAAGCAGCAACGCUUAUUCUCGAGUCUUCUAGAGGUUCCAGCGUUGCGGGAGGAAAUGUUUUACAUCUCAUGGCGUUCACCGAAGCCGACCGCGCCGAACACUCUAUUCCUUUCUUCCAACUCUUGUUGGAUCGUGGAGCCGACAUGCAUCUCCUCGAUUCGACCGGCAUAUCGCCUGCUCAUGUUGUUCUCGUCAGCCAACAUGCUGUCUAUCUGCGAGCAUGGAUCAACCGCGACAUCACCACGUUGCGGCUCCAUCAAUUGGCCCCUUGGCCCCUCGCACUCUUCAAUUAUCAGUAUGACUAUCUAUCUGAGCGACUUCCUUUCCUCUCUAAGAAUCUGCAAUCGUUGCGGCCUCUCAUGAGCAGAGAAGUGACCAACCGAUUGUUGGCUUGCAACAGCCCGGGAAGCCACAGUCUGUUAUGCUGGUCGGUAUGCAGUGGUGAGAUCGAGGCAAUACAACCUCUUGUCAAGUUGAGCCCUGACGUGUUGGAACACCAAUGCCAGAAACACGGCACACCACUGCAAGCUGCUCUCAUUUUUGGACGCGACGAGAUCGUCAAGUUCCUGGUUGGUCUCGGUGCUCAACUUACCUAUGAUCUUUUCGGAAGAAUGACCGGUGGUGCUGGCGCAAUUCACCAUCAACCUAUCCUGGACUGGCUGCUUGUGGGCCGACAUGGCGAGCGUGCGAUGAUCGGAAACGACGAAAGCGAUCACGCAAAAGAGGUGAAGGAUUAUGCCGGCCCCGUUCUUGUUGAAGUGCCGUUGAGAUGGGAGUGGAGGCAGAGUCGGCAAGAGAGUAUGUGGCAAUACGCCUGUCGGCGCAGCCAGAUCCUGAGAGACUUGAGGGGGAAAGUCGUGAACUCGGUGAGAGUAGGGGAAGGGGAGGGCGAAGGCGAAAAGCGAGCUACAGAGUUUUAUUUGAAGGGUGUACUUUGA